CAAUCACGUUUCGCCAGCGCACGAGCUCCGUCCACGUUGUGUUUACCGGCAUCCCAUCGCGAGUUACACACGUUGAUAACACGGGAAAGAAGAUAGACGAAGAUGUUAAGAUUUGCAGGACUUCUUGUGUUGGCAUCGCUAGCCUAUGCUAGCGAUGUGAUUGAGUAUGAUGACAGUACAUUUGCAAGCGAUAUUGGAAAACAUGAACUAAUAUUAGUGGAGUUUUUUGCUCCAUGGUGUGGUCAUUGUAAGAAUUUGGCUCCUCAUUAUGAGAUGGCUGCUACAACUUUGAAGAAUGAUGAUCCACCAGUAGCACUGGCCAAGGUUGAUUGUACUGCCAAUACUGAAACUUGUUCCAAGUUUGGAGUCAGUGGGUACCCUACCUUAAAAGUAUUCCGUAAUGGAGAAGUUGCUAAAGAUUACGACGGAGGAAGAGAUGAAAGUGGCAUUGUCCAGUACUUAAGGAAGGAAGCUGGACCAUCCUACAAGGAGCUAGCCGAUGUUGCGGCAGCAGAAAAAUAUCUUGGAAAGGCAGAAUAUGCCUUAGUUGGAUUUUUCAAAGACACUAAAGACUUGGAGGCAUUUAAGAAAGCUGCCGGUGUUUUGAACGAAAAAGUUCGAUUUGCCUUCACAUCAGAUCAGGCUGUCAUGGACAAAUAUGGUUAUUCUGAUGAAAUUGUCCUACUUCAGCCUAAAGUUUUCCACAGUAAAUUUGAAGAAUCGACUACCAAGUUUGAAAAGUCAGUGACAACUGAUAACCUGAGGAACUUCCUGGACAUGAAUUUACUCGGCCUCUGCGGUUACCGUACCAAAGGCAAUGCUGAUUCUUUCACCAGGAAACCCCUAGUUGUUGCCUACUAUGAUGUUGACUAUAAGAAGAAUGUUAAGGGGACUAACUACUGGAGGAACAGAGUUAUGAAGGUUGGAAAGCAGAUCAAGGAGUCUGAUAAAGAAGUUUACUUCGCUGUCAGCAAUGCUGAAGAGUUCGGUACUGAAUUACAAGAGUUUGGCAUGAAUGCUGACAAGAGCACAGUGCAAGUCAAUGCCAGAGAUUCACGCGACAGGAAAUUCGUCAUGACUGAAGAAUUCUCAAUGGAUACAUUCAAACAAUUUGUCAACGAUUUCUUGGAUGAUAAACUUGAACCUUAUAUGAAAUCUGAAGCUGUCCCGUCAGACAACAGUGGUCCAGUGAAGGUUCUUGUUGCCAAAAAUUUUGACGAGAUUGUUAGUGAUGACAAAGAUGUUCUGGUAGAGUUUUAUGCACCCUGGUGUGGACAUUGUAAAUCACUGGAGCCGAAAUACAAUGAAUUAGGAGAAAAGGUUAAAGAUAUUUCUUCCGUUGUUAUUGCAAAAAUGGAUGCUACAGCAAACGAUGUGCCUAGUCAAUAUGAAGUUAGAGGUUUCCCUACCAUUUACUUUAAACCCAAAGGUUCCCAACCAAGGAAAUACGAGGGUGGCAGAGAGGUAGACGAUUUCAUGAAAUAUUUAGCCAGCAAUGCUGAUAGCAAGGAUGAGGUAAAUGCAGCUAUGGGUGGAGAGAAGAAAAAGAAGAAGAAGAAGACCGAGUUAUAAAUAAAACACUUCAAGAACAUGGGAUGAAAGUAGAUAAAAGUAAAAAUGUGCAAAUGCAAUGUAAGAGGUGCAUGGUUAUCAUAUCUGAUCUUACUCUCAUCUUUUUAUUUUAAAUUGUGUAAAUGGUUAUCUACUUUCAUCAGCAUUGAUCGUUUCAUUCUGUUAUUUGUCAUCAAGACAGUUCAUAUUUUAAAAGUAUCACUCAGUUUAGUGAUCCAUGUUAUAACUAGGAAUUCAUUCCAGGUAGUUGAGGCACAUUUAAAAUUCCAUAUAAACAUACAGAAAUUUCUGGAGAGACUCAAUGAUAACUGACUAAAAAUUAACAUAAUUAAGAUCUGAAGGCCAUAUAUGAUGCUGUGACUGAUACUGGCUUCAGACAUUUCUAUUAUUUACAUCUACUGCAUUGACAAGUCACCAUUUUUCUCAAAUCUGUGGACGAGAUGUUUAUUUCAUUCGGGUGCUGGUUUAAGUUCAAUUUAAGAAUAUAUUUUGUUGACUUUAAUUUCUAGUUGGUGCAUGAUGAAUGGUCCCAGAGGGGAAUUGGUAUGAAUGUGACAAUUGGGGAUUCUUGAUGAAGUUGUGCGUGAAUGAGUAGUUUAUAUAUGGGUAGAGUAUUUAUAUUUUUAAUGGGAGAAUUUCUAAGCUUUAUGGAUUAUCAAGUGACCAGUUUUUUCGGGGUUUCAAAUGUUGAAUGCUUUAAGUCUUGCUAUACAUGUAUAUCUUGAAAACAGAUAAAUGAAAAUGUAGUGCUACUGAAUCAAAAACAAUUCUCCUUUAAACUGUUGUUCUGAUUCCACUAAUCAAAUUACAAAACUUACCUUUAACUAUUAUUGUUAGUUGGGUUCUCUUCCUGAUAUGUUUUUAUGUAUAUAUCCUUUUCUUUAAUAUAUAUAUAUGUAUACAGGGAAAGAAAGAAGUGAAAGUUUGAGGUAUGGUUGAAAACAAUUGAGACCCAAUUUGGUUGCCUCCAUUUAUUGAAACAUUAAAGUAACUUAAACUGA